GCGUGUGGUGUAUACAGGAAACAGAGAGCCGUUGCAGCAAGUGCUUGUCAUGUGUCGCAAUAUAUGGUUCAGUUCGGUGUUCCGCCUGAGUCAAGAGUUGACCGUCGAUCAGUGAGGAUGGCAAGGAUUAGCAUAUGGAUUAUAUGUGUGCUGGUGGUGCUGGUGCUGGCCGUGAAUGCAAAUGACCAUCCACCCGGAUGCACGGUGUGUGCGAUAUCAUCGAAAAUCGAAGACUGUAAAGAUACCCAUUUCUCUUCCCAUGCCAUUGAGAAUGGUUUGUGUGACAAAAUUGUUGUGGACGACAUAUUAAGGGACAACUUGUGUUUGAACUACAAGCAAGGAUUCCAGAUACAUUGUGUGGAAUCUGGCACAUACUCGGAGCACAACUGUAAAAGGGGAUGCCCGACUCGCUCAAAGAAAGAGCGUUAUCAAGCGGGAGGAUCUGGAUCGUCCCUCCACACAAGGGCCGUCAACGUUGCAGGAGUCCUGGUGACCUUCACUGUCUCUAUUCUACUCAGAUAGUAACUGUGACACAAAAGACAGAUGUAUAUAUAUAUGUGCUGUGCGUGUUUGCUUGGAGGAAUUACUGUGAUCUGUUACUAUCCAUGUGCUUGAAGCCGGGACACUCACCAGACGACGUAGAUGUAUUUUGUUAUCUCCUAUAUUACUCUGACGGAAACGACGAAAUCGUCGUCAGCGACAUUUGUAGCAAUGGACUGCGACAUAUUUAAUGUCUUUCAUCAAAUAGAUAUUUUAGAAAAUGUGGCUACACAGAAUGGAUAUUUGAGCAACAGGUAACAAUAGAAUAGCAAUAGAAACCAACAAUGGGUAUUUGUUUCUGAAUAUUUUUUAAACUUAUGGCUGUGUUUCUGAAGCUGUAUCGCUGAUCUAGGAAAGUCUCUAACUACAGAAGGCAGUCUAAAGCUGUGGCAGUCGAUCCAAAGCUGCACCAUGUGACACUACUGUAGGAAUAUGUUUCUGACUACUGCAGUGUGUCUAGAACUGUACUAGUAUACCGGUACCCAAUGAAAUGAAGAUGUGAUCAACACUGUUGAAAUCUGUCUCAGGCUAUGUUAAUCUACCCUUUGCUGUGUAAAUGAAAGGCUAACAUCUAGUCUCAGAAAUGAACAUAUUUUACGGUAAAAUGGUUCCUCCAUUAUGUUAAAAAAAUAUGAGAAAAAGGAGCCUUGAGACUUUCAUCAUUUUCAGAAGCUGUGAUUAUCUUGAUUUGCCACAUAUUCUAGACUUGCAUGGGCGUAUUAGGUUUUUGUGUUUUCAGGGUCUGUAUGACAGACAAUGUAAAUGUUAACUGUUGAAAUCUCUCUAAUGCAGUGGACAAAUGUCUCUGAUUAUGGCAAUACUAGUAUGUCUAAAUUUAUUGCAAUAUGUCAAAAGCAGUCUGCAUGUCUGAGAAUAUGUGUCUCACUGUGGCAGUCUGUUGGGGCACUGUGGCAAUCUGUGGGGGCAACCUGUCUCUGGCUGUGACAAUCUGGAGGCUCUGUGAAUGGAGAUGUUUUCAUACUCCACGUGUUCAAGGUAGAUCUAAAGAGCAACAUGAAAUCAGUGUAAAUACCCUAGUCAGAAACUCAGGAUAUUAUCAAGUAUUUCAUCAUCACCAUCAUCACCAUCAUCAUCAUCCCUGUCACCUUUCACCACAUCCCGACUUUUGGGUCACCCCAUCCUUCACAUCAGGCACUGUGUAUCAAGCAAGUCCUCUCGCAUGCCAUCCAUGAGAUGCCUUGUUGAGUGCUUGAUAAGAGUAUGGAAGCAGACAAUUAUUGAUAAUUACCAAAAACGUGGCUCAUAAUUGCGAGUUAUAUCGGUUUCGAUUUUUGGACUGAGAGUCUUACAAUCUAAAGGUACAAUUGUUAGCAUAUACGGUCACUUAAUUGAGUCUGACUUCUAUCUUUACGAUUGUGCAAUUUCUCAUCUUUGUUGUUUAUUGGAAGUCAUACAGACAUGUAUUGUAUUCUGGAACGAUCCAUACACGUACUCCUACGCGCCAUAUCUACAUCCAUGUUAGAACUGUUACCAUUAAUCCAUAUCUUUCUGUAUUCCAAAAAUAAGUGUUUGUAUCGUUUAUGUCUUCUCGUAUUGUGAAGCUAUCUUUUGCAUAAUACAUCUAUAUACCUUGGCACUGCCUGUACGUUUACACUAAAGCUUGUGUUACUGCUUUCUGAAUAUCCGAUUUCUUUUUCUGACUAUGACAUAUCUUGCGACAUACGCUACAUUGUGGUACAUUAUACACAGAUGCUACAACAUAUAUUCAGUGCAUCAUUGCUUUGAAUUCAUGAUAUACCCAACAAUUUAUGAUAAUAUGAUACAUUUCAUCAGUAGUUGCUUUACAUUGUCGUCAUUGCUGUAUGAUAUGCAUUAUUACUUAUCAUUCCUUCGAAUUCAUGACAUACAAAUGUCCCUAUGACCUUGUUAUAUACACCAUAUCAUUACUUUAUAACAUACCUACAUUUUCUCACUGUCGUGUGUAUGCUGGUCAUUAUUCCGCCGACGUCAUGAUAUACGCCACCACAUGCCUAUUAAUACUUACUACCUGCCUAUUAUUACUUACUACAUGCCUAUUAAUACUAACUACCUGCCUAUUAAUACUUGCUACAAUGCCUAUUAAUACUUACUGCAUGCCUAUUAAUACUUACUACAUGCCUAUUAAUACUUACUACUGCCUAUUAAUACUUACUACAUGCCUAUUAAUACUUACUUCAUGCCUAUUAAUACUUACUACAUGCCUGUUAAUGCUUACAACAUGCCUAUUAAUACUUACUACAUGCCUAUUAAUACUUACUACAUGCCUAUUAAUACUUUAUUACAUGGUAUUACACUACGUUUUUCAUAUCUGCAUGUCAUAUUAUAGAAAGUUCAUUAUUCCUCCGACUUCAUGACAACCGGGGGCGAUGGAUAACCUAGUCGGUAAAUCAUUGGCUCGUCACGCCGAAGACCCGGGUUCGAUUCCCUACAUGGGCACAAUGUGUGAAGCCCAUUUCUGGUAUCCCCCGCCAUGAUAUUGCUGGAAUAUUGCUAAAAGCAGCGUAAAACCAUACCCACUCACUCACUCAUGAUAACCCCUACUGCAUUAUCAUCAGUACUAUACAGCAUAGUAUUAAACUACACCUUUUCAUUGCCGUAUGAUAUGAACCUAUGUGUUCUAUAGUUUAUGAUAUAUUUUACUACUACAUGUGUUCAGCGCUUUAACAUGUAUCUUGUGCAGUAGCUAUUGGCUUCGUGUUUGAUAAUACAAAACCACAAAGACGAAUUACAUUCACCUUGUGUACAUGCGUUGUUGAUGCUUCAAAUGUGUUCAUACUGUUAUGAAAUAAAAUACUCAUUUUCAUUAGAA